UACUCUUUGCAUUUCGUAUGUUUUGAUAGUAGUUGGUGUUUAGGUUAGAAUUUUAUCGUCAUGGGAGACGGCGUGACAUGUAAAAUAGGACCAUCCGUCUUAAAUGCUGAUCUUGCUAAAUUACAUGAUGAAUCGAAGCGUCUUGUUGAUGCUGGUGCAGAUUAUUUACAUUUGGAUGUUAUGGACGGUCAUUUUGUCCCCAACAUAACAUUUGGUCAUCCGGUAGUCAAAUGCUUAAGGGCUAAGAUUCCUAAAACAUUUUUCGAAACACACAUGAUGGUUUCGAAUCCUGACCAGUGGAUAGAUCCUAUGGCAGAUGCAGGAGUAAACCAGUACACAUUUCAUGUUGAGGCUUCGGAGGACGUAAAUGAAACGUGCCGAAGGGUAAGAGAAGCAGGCAUGAAGGUUGGAGUAGCCCUGAAACCAGGCACGUCAGUUGAAGCUGUCAAGGAGUAUGUUGAUGUCGCAGACAUGAUUCUAGUGAUGACUGUGGAACCAGGAUUCGGUGGCCAAAAAUUCAUGUCUGACAUGAUGGAAAAAGUCAGAUGGUUGCGUGAAAAUUAUCCUGCGCUGGACAUAGAGGUAGAUGGUGGCGUGGGGCCAUCCACAAUACAGCAGUGUGCUGAGGCAGGAGCCAAUAUGAUAGUCUCUGGAACUGCGAUAACAAGUGCUCCAGAUCCAAAGGACAUAAUAUCAACAAUGAGAAGUCAAGUGCAAGCAUCCAUUGAUAAAUUGAGGGUGCAAGUGGAAGUGUAAGGAUGAAGGAAUAGAGGAGUGUGCGCAUGCAAUAACACCCGAGACCCAAAAGCACACACAACUUUCCAUUACUAGAUGUAGUGUCAGUUGGUGGGUUCAAUAGCAGAUGAAAAUUGCUUUCAUUUGGAAGUAGUGAGAGGGUAUACUUCCAAAAGAAUGAUGUGGCAGCCAUUAUUUUAAGAGGAUGAGUAAUGGUGUUUUGUCACACCGAAUAAUGGGUUUUAAUGUUGAAGUCAUAUGUAAACAUUGUUUUGUACCUAUAGACUGGGUUGUUACUAUAAUAUGUAAUGAUUAUUUUUGUACGAAUAAAUUUUAUAGGGAUUCUUAAA